AAUAUCCUGAUGAUGCAUCUCGUAAUCCUGAUGCUCUGGACAACUUUAUUGAAAAAGAAUUAUAUAACAAAUUAGAUUAUAUGAAUUUUAAUAUACAAAUGAAAAAAUUAUACACUACAAAAAAGCCUACAAAAGCAAAGAAAAAAACUGUUACAAGAUAUUGUUCUAUAUGCAGAAAAGCUGGGUAUACAAAAACAAAUUGCCCCAAAGUCUGCAGAGCAGGACACUCUGUGUCUAAAAAAGCUAAACAGAUCAAUAAUAUUUCCCAAUAUAGAUAUAUUAGCCAAAGCCAAUCGGAAGAUGAAAUCGAAUAUGAUCAAGAAGAAACUAGCCAAUCAGAAAGUGACCAAGAAAAUAGUGAGAUUGAAUCUCAAGAAACCAAUUGCUUUAAUUUAAAAAAAAAAGUGGGUAAGAAGGCUAUUAAUGAAAAUCAGAUAUAUUUAGAAUCGGUUAAAUAUAUAAUAACAAGAUAUAUUCUCCAAUGUUCUAAAGAAGUUUUAACAGAAAUAUAUACAGAUCUUAGUAAAUUGUUUUCUGAAAUGAAAGACUCAUAUUAUUCAUAUCAUUUAAAAAACUAUACAAAAAAAGAAGUAGACAAGGUCUGGGAAAAUAUAAUAAAAAAGUAUCAAGUUAUUUUAGAACCAUUAUUCCAAACAUGCUCUAGUUUUUCUCACGAGCUCGAGAAGGUAGAGAGGUCUUCCUCUUUAAAUUUCACUAUAAAACAAUAUCAAGAAGCUCAAUUAUAUCGAAAUUGGCUUGACCUAUUAAAAAUAAACUUUUUGCAAAUAAAAAAACCCAAUAAUUAUGCUACUAUUUCAUAUAAAGUAUAUAAUUUAGAAAUACUCCAUGCAUUACUCGAUACAGGUUCAGAUGGGUCACAUAUUUCUGAAAAUAUCGCAAACCAUUUUAUAAAAUAUUUUGGGUUAAAAUUAGAUAGAAAAAAGAUUUAUAGACUAACAGGUACUAUAGGUGAAAAACAAUCUAUUGGAAGCUUUUCUGAUAUACCUGUUACUAUAGGUAUUGAAAAUGAUAUCUUAACAAUUUCAGAUGAGUUUUCAGUUUUACCAACAGAAAAAGAUAAUAAUGGUAAUGAUAUAUCAUUAUUUAUUCUUGGUACUAGAUGGCAACAUCGAGCUGGCUGGGAACCUAUAGUAAAGGGUGAGUUUAUAGCAUCAGCUAAUGGAAAAACUAUUACUAUUCCACUUUCUGUUUAUAAUAAAAAUGAGGAAGCAAAGCUUCAAAUUUCCAAUUCACUCAAAAAAAAAUAA